CAAUCAAGCAUGACGUUUAGCAAAUAGGCAACUGCUUGCGUUGCUCGCGUUCUUUUUUCACGAAAUUAAAAAAAAUUAGAAAAAGCAAUAAACUAUGAGAAUAUCGGAAAUUGUUUUCUAAUUUUAGGAUAGAACUUUGUUUAGGAUGGGUGAUAGCGGUACUGCCAAAAGUGCUUCGGGUCAGAAUGAACCAGCAAUGAAAGGAUGGCUAUUCAAAUGGACUAAUUACCUAAAGGGUUACCAGAGACGAUGGUUUGUACUGCAAAAUGGGCACCUUUCUUAUUACAGGGUCGAAAAUAAUGGAGCUGUGUCGACUCUAUCUCUUAGAAGAAGGCGAAAAUUUAAAUCUGGAAACCAAGCAGAGAUGGCACAUACUUGUCGUGGAAGUAUUUCUUUGCAUGGUGCUCUUAUAUAUACAGUUGAUGCCACAACGUUCGUUAUAUCAAAUGGAGGUACCCAGACGUUCCAUAUACGUGCUGCUUCAGAAGUAGAAAGGCAAUCCUGGGUAACAGCCUUAGAGCUGGCAAAGGCCAAAGCUAUGUUGAAACCGUAUAUUUCUUGGAAUCAAUUGAUGAAUUUAGAAGGUCGUAGAAGAAGUAUGGAGUCUGAAGACGACGAAGAGCAAGAAGUUGAUGGUUCGGGAAAUCCAGAAGAAUGGUCUUCUGUCAUCCGAAAACUCGAGGCUCAACUCAACGACUUGGAGACUUGCAGUGAACUGAUUCAGAAGCAUUGGAAAUCCCUUUGUAAACCACUUAACGAACUGGAAUCUAGCAAUGGAGAUUUAGAGAUAUGUCAGGGCAAAACCAAAGAAGUUGGAGAAAGGGCUACUUUGUUCAGAAUAUCCACAAAUGCCAUGAUAAAUGCCUGUAUGGAAUAUUUGAAAACUUGUCAGACUCACGGUAACAAAUGGAUACGCCUGUUAGAACAUGAGAGAGAACAGAGGAUGCGGCUUCAAGAGAUGGUUGAAACGCUAGCUCAGCAACAUUCGAAUUUGGAACAGGCGGCUAAUGCGCAUUCUCAUAAACCAAUGAAUGCCAACGAAGCAGAGGAGGAAGAUGAACACGAGUUUUAUGAUGCAAUAAACGAUAAUCCGGGAAGUCCAGGAAGUACAGGAGAUAAUUGUAUCACCUUCAAUAUACCCACAGGUAAUACGCAUAGGAGACACAGUUCAGGAAGCUCAAGCGAAGUAGAUGAAGCUCAGGAAACAAAACAUGUUGUGGUAGUGACAGAAAAGGCCAGAAAGAUUACCCAUCCUGAACAACCAACUAAUAACAUGCUGUCCAAAUCGUCAGAUAGUUCCAGAAAAAGGAGAACUAGGAUACCGGACAAACCAAAUUAUCCUUUGAACCUGUGGGGCAUCAUGAAAAACUGCAUAGGAAAAGAUCUGUCGAAGAUACCGAUGCCCGUCAAUUUCAGCGAGCCUCUGUCCAUGUUACAGCGGCUAACGGAAGAUUAUGAAUACGCUGACAUCUUAGACGUAGCUGCCAAAUGCACCGACCCAUGUGAGCAGCUAGCUUAUGUAGCGGCUUUUACUAUUUCAGCAUAUUCUACAACUGCUAUCAGGGCUGCUAAACCAUUUAACCCACUGUUAGGUGAAACCUAUGAGUGUGACAGAACAGAAGAUUUAGGUUGGAAAGUUAUCAAUGAACAGGUUUCGCAUCAUCCACCCAUGGUCGCUCAAUUUUGCGAGGGCAGAGGGUGGACCUGUUGGCAGGAAUUCACCAUGACAUCAAAGUUCAGGGGCAAAUAUCUGCAGGCAAGUGAUAUAAUUCCUCUAGGCAGUGCAUUUUGCGAAUUUAAGGAAUCUAAUAAUAAAUAUUCCUGGAGAAAAGUUACUACUACCGUUCAUAAUAUUAUCGUAGGAAAAUUGUGGGUGGAUCAGCAUGGUGAUAUGGAAAUUAUUGGGAGGGGGAAUGCUGAAGGAAUCAAGUGUCACCUAAAAUUCAUACCUUAUUCAUAUUUUGGAAGAGAUUCUCAAAGAAGAGUGAAAGGUGUUGUAAUGGAUGCCCAAGAUAACGUUAAAUGGGCAAUAGAUGGUACUUGGGACGAACAAGUGGAAGUAUCCCCGGUGAUAAGCGAUAUGGGCACCCCCUCAAACCCCGUAUACAAGACUGGAUCUCCGGUACUAGCUUGGAAGCGCAAUCCGAUUGGUCCUGAGGCCGAAAAUUAUUAUAACCUGAGCGUUUUCGCUUGUCAGCUGAACGAAAUGGAAGAAGGAGUAGCACCGACAGACUCUCGCCUCAGACCUGAUCAGAGGCUGAUGGAGAUGGGUAAGUGGGAUGAGGCAAACGAGGAGAAGCUCAGACUAGAAGAGAAACAGCGCGCGGUGAGAAGACAGAAGGAGGCAGAAGCCGAGAAGGCUGCCAGUGAAGGUCGUUCUUUUGAAGGAUACAAACCGUUGUGGUUUGAACAGAAAGAAGAUCCAGCGACAGGAACCAUAAUGCAUGUUUAUAAAGGAAAUUACUGGGACUGCAAGCAAAAGCAAGAUUGGUCUUCAUGUCCAGACAUCUUCUAAAUAAUGAGAAAUAAGGAUUGAACUUAAUUUUCCCUUUACUGUGCCCUAACUAAGCCGUUUGCACAUUUUGUCACUCGUAAAAAUAUACAGACCCUAAGUUUAAGCUUUCAAAAGUUACCGAGUAGCCACAAUAACCAGUUGAAAUAUUUUGUAUUUUCCAUAGCUGAAUUGUCGGAUUGAUGCUGUUGAACACCUGUGUUUUUCAAGAGAACAUUUGUGAUAGUAUGUAAAUAAUUAUUAAUCUUAAUUAUUUCUUCACUUUUUUGCUGUGAAAUUUUGAAACCAUUCAUUAAAAUGAAUGGUAACAGUGAAAUUCAAAAUUAUCUAUUGUUGUUGUAUAUAUUGUAUGAUUCAGAUAUAUAAAGCUUUUCGCUAGGUUCAAUGAAUAAUUUUUUAAUAUAUCAGUUAAAUCAA